CGUCCGCUCUUUGGCGACAACACCCUUGUAUAUAAUUUUCAACCCGCCUGGUGCAGACAGCACCUCGUGAGAUUUCUUCCCCUCCCUCCCCCCCCCCCCACCUCUCUCUCCCUCUCUCUCUCUCUCUCUCUCUCUCUCUCUCACACACACACACACACACACACACACACCCGCACACACAACAUCGCUCGUUAACUCUCUUCUCAGAUACAAAGAUGGGGCUGUCUUUCACCAAGCUUUUCAGUCGGUUGUUUUCUAAGAAAGAGAUGCGUAUUCUUAUGGUUGGUCUUGAUGCUGCUGGUAAAACCACAAUUUUGUACAAGCUUAAGCUAGGAGAAAUCGUCACUACUAUCCCUACCAUUGGAUUCAAUGUGGAGACUGUGGAAUAUAAGAACAUUAGCUUCACAGUUUGGGAUGUUGGUGGUCAGGACAAGAUUCGACCUUUGUGGAGACAUUACUUCCAAAACACACAAGGGCUUAUCUUUGUGGUUGACAGCAACGAUCGAGACCGUGUAGUUGAGGCUAGAGACGAGCUGCACAGGAUGUUGAAUGAGGAUGAGUUGAGGGAGGCUGUCCUGCUUGUGUUUGCAAAUAAGCAAGAUCUUCCCAAUGCAAUGAAUGCUGCCGAAAUCACUGAUAAGCUUGGCCUUCAUUCUCUCCGACAACGCCAUUGGUAUAUCCAGAGCACAUGUGCCACAUCAGGAGAAGGGUUGUACGAGGGACUUGACUGGCUUUCAAACAACAUUGCUAACAGGGUAGGAUGCACUUGUAAUUAUAUGCCCAAUUGCAAAGUCUGUUUUUUUCUUCACAGCUUUUAAAAUUUUAAAAUAAAUAAUAAUUUUAUUUUUUUAGUAAUUUAUUUUAAGUCCCUGUUCUUCUAAUUAUCAUUUUUUAAAUAAAAAAAAAAUUAUCUCAGGCUUAAGCAGAGUUCGGGAUCAGUUGCUGCAUUUAACUGCUGGAUCAUAGCUGCUGCUGCUAUUAUUAAUUUUUUUGCCGCUUGAGAUCCUUUAUUUUAUUUUUUUUUGCGUUUUUUAUUUUUAUUUUUUUGAAUAUUGUGGCAAGGAAGAGCAUAAUUCUUAAUUUCUUAUUAUGUAUGCAGGGUGAUUCAAAAUAUUUUAUUGAUCUUUUAUUAUUUUUGGGUUUCUGAUGCUAAAA